AUGCGUUUGCGUCAGCUUGUUGAGGAGUAUUUCAAAAACUCAACAUUGCAUGGAGCAAAAUUCAUAGUGGACAAAGAUGCAUCAUGGCUAGAGCGAUUGUUUUGGGCGUUAUGCCUAGUGGCAUCGUGGAUGGCUUCGUGGCAGCUGAUAAAAGCUUCAUUGGAUGCUUUUGAGCACAAUGCCAUCAGUUUUGUGGUGGAGAGUUCCUAUCGGGAUUGGGACACCAAUUUUCCCGCAAUCGUUGUUUGUGAAUCAAAGAACAUGGAUCGCAUACAGGAAGUGGCGGAGCAGCUCUGGGGCGCCGAUCAUGACUUCACUUUGGAGGAAGUGCUUAGCGAGAUUUCAUUCUUUCGUGGCGAAUCCUAUCACACCGUGCAUGAAUGUGGCGGUGAGGAGCCGGCGGAAAACUGCUUUUACUCGAAUUUCUCUUAUUACGCUCAAUUGGUGCGCAGCAGCUGUCAGGACUCGAUACAAAAUUGUAUGUGGAAUGACAAGGCCUUUGAGUGCUGUAAAUACUUCCAUCGCAUGGAAACGGAACUGGGCAUUUGUUAUGCCAUUAACUCUUUACAGGCGGGUAAAAACAAUGGCCCCAAGCUGAAUAUGUACUCAAAUCGCUAUACUGGACCCGGAUCCUUGAAAAUGGAACUGCACACUGAAGCCACUGUUUUUAUACUUGGUGAGGAGGAGGUGCCCACCUUUGUUACACCAAAAACGGAUUACCUAUUGGUUGGGCCGUACGUGUCAUUUGUUCGCCACAUCUCCAAGCGAGACAUUCAAAACGACGAUCAAAUUCGUGAAACAAGUGUGGCUCAGCGCAAUUGUCGCUUUAGCGAUGAAAAUAAUUUGGACGUACACCGUUACUACAGUUAUUCCGCUUGCACGGUGCAGUGUCGCAAGGAUCGCCAGAUCGAAUUCUGCAAUUGUUCCAGUCAUCUUUCGCCGAACACACCCGAUUGGCAGAUGUGCAAUAUGGACGGGCUGGAGUGUUUGAAUCGCAAUUACGAAGAUUUAUCGGUUAUCAUUGCCAAGUGGUCACGUGGACGUAAGGGGCUGGUGUGUGAUUGUCUGCCCUCCUGCACAGAAGUUGACAUUUCUACGGUGCAUGACAGCAAAGAAAACAUUUUUGAAAAUCAGAAUCCAUUGGCGAAAGUUGAGAUUUCGCUUAUUGAAUUGCCCACAGAGCGCUACAAACGAAAUGUUGUGCGUGGAAAGUUGGAUCUAGUGGUAUCCAUUGGCGGCACAACCGGCCUUUUCGUUGGCGCCAGUCUCUUGAGCUUCGUGGAGAUAAUUUAUUACAUUACAAUACGCCCUUAUGGCACCAUGCUGUCGGAGAAGCGACAAAUGCGUCAAAAAUUGCAGAUUUCAUAA